ACAGCUUUCAACUGUUCGCUCGGAACACUCCAAUUAUGCAGCGCUGUCAACCCCAGCAGCCUUGCAACUGUCUCGACCGGACAGCCCAAGCCCUCAAUUGCUUCCCAGACAUCUCGACUAUAUAUUCACUAGACACCCAUCAAAUGUCUCUAGAUGAAGUCCUCUCCAUCGGGACAGCUUUGGUCGAGCACUGGGAACUAUUGCAUGGCUGCCCCGUAACAGAGACGCAUCUGGACGCGCAAAUGCUACAAACAAUGAUAGAUGCCGUGGUAAAGACACUCACGCUGUACGAGGUAGCGGUUGGGUCAAUCCUCGGAGGCUGGGGAGAGAACCAGGAACCUAACGGUGUGGGUAUUGCACUCACAACGGAAGCAGGGACAGAUCAGUGGAAACCAAGCCUGCAGUAA